CUACGUCACAUCCGGGUCACUUGAGGACACGCGCAGUUUAUUUAGCGACGCAGACUCGACUUGCAGGAUAAGCCGAAGGGCAGUAAAACUGUCUGAGGAGAUGAUGGCAGGCGCUUCCAGCAGUUCUGCUUUUACAGAAUAUGGAGACAUCAAAAACGUUAAAACUGAAGGAGCUUCAGUGAAUACAGCCAAGCAGGACGGGCUGGACAAGCGGGGCUAUGAAGGUGUAAAGGUCUCACACACAAUGGCAGAGAUGGAUGAAGAAAGGAUGAAAGUGUACAAGGACGACAUCUUGGUAGUUGCAAAGGAAUAUAAAAUUCAUCCAGCUCUCAUAGCUGCCAUCAUCUCCAGAGAGUCCAGGGCUGGAAAUACUCUGAAGGAUGGUUGGGGGGACAAUGGAAAAGCCUGGGGACUGAUGCAGGUUGAUAUUACUCAAGAUGGAGGUGGACACAAACCAGAGGGAGACUGGAACAGUCAGACACAUCUCAAGCAAGCCACUGGGAUCCUUGUUUAUUUCAUCAAACGGAUCCAAGACAAAUUCCCCCAGUGGAGCAAGGAGAUGCAGCUGAAAGGAGGGAUAGCAGCUUACAAUCAAGGGGAUAAAAGAGUUGAGUCCUAUGAAGCCGUGGAUGCCAACACAACGGCUCAGGACUACUCCAAUGAUGUUGUUGCCAGGGCUCAUUGUUACAUAAAAAAGGGGUUUUUUAAGUAACCUCAACUGACAUAAAUCUAAAAAUCCUAAAGUUUGAUAGCUUGUGCUAAACUAAGGAAGCUUUAUGCCAAGCACCAUCAGAAGUGUCUCAUAGCCAUAAUGUAAACAGUAUUUUCAAUACAAAUUAAUGUUCUAUUAUUUUUAUAACCAAAUCAGUGUGAUGGAGUGAUACGGCCCAGGAUUUAUAUAUUAGUAGUUCCCAAGAAUUUAAAGCACCAAACAAUAUUUUAAAAUGAAAGCAUCUAAAUCAGAUGUAUUGACUAGAAUUAGAAAACUUCUCUAUUACUACAGGUUAAGGUGAGAAAACUGUUAAACAGAAAAAAAAAAUUCCCUGCUUUUUCAGUUUUAUUUGAGCUUCAGUUUCGGUCUUGGCAUAUCAAAUAAAAAUAAAAUGAUACAUUUUAAA